AUGCAAUACGUAGAAAAAGAAAUAUCCAUAUGGCUCUAUAUAAUAUUAAUUGAUAACGUUACAUAUAAAAAGGCAGAAGUUUUGGUAGCUAAUAUUCAGUUCAGUACAUAUAGUGUAACCGAUUAAUUAUACCAAACAGAACCAUGAACCGAAUCAUCACAUUUCUACCCUUAUGUUUUGCCCUAUCGUGCGCCCUAAGCGUUCCCAGCAACCAACAAAGGUUCGCGGCAGCCCUUAGACGCGAAAAACUACUUAACCAACUCGAAGAACUUGCAAGGGAGAAACAUCUUUACCAACGUGACCUAUUUGGAACCUGGAAACUUUUUAAAAAUCUUAGGAAAAAUACAGACGGCCCCACCACUGAGGAGAAGAGAUGCGCUAACUUUGGAGGCGAUGGCUGCGCAAUAGCUGGAGUGCCAGGAGCGGCCUCCGAUGAUGAAUGGUUGACAGAAGGUUUCAACCCUGGAAAAAGAUGCGCAAACUUUGGAGAUGACAGCUGCGCAAAUGGUGGUGUCCCUGGGGCUAGUUCUGACAGUGACUGGAUCAACGGAGGGUUUAGCCCUGGAAAGAGGUGCGCCAAUUUCGGAGACGAAGGGUGUGCUAAUGGUGGUAUACCUGGGGCUAGUUCUGACAGCGACUGGAUAGACGGAGGAUUUAGUCCUGGCAAAAGGCGAUAAACACUAUACAUAAGGAUUUUCUAUUGUACGAUGAAUUUACUACAACAUUGGUAAUAAAAUAAUCAAUAUCAGAUAA